AUGACAACCCCAGUAAGGUACUGCGCCUGCACAAGGCACUCUACGGGCUUCGACAAGCACCACGAGUGGGAUGCGAAGCUCGACAAUACCCUACUGUCACUGAAGUUCAAGCGCUGUGCCUCUGAGCAUGGCAUGUACACGCACGGCCACGACGAGCAGCGACUAAUUGUGGGAGUGUACGUCGACAACCUCAUAAUCACUGGAGGCGACAUGGAAGUCCUUGGAAGAUUCAAGAGGGAGAUGUCAAAGAACUUCAAGAUGAGUGAUUUCGGCAUACUCAGUUACUACCUCGGCAUCGAAGUGCAACAGAGUACUGUCGGCAUCACCAUCUGUCAAAGUGCGUACGCAAAGAAGCUGUUGGACACUGUCGGGCUAGCAGACUGUAACCCUACAAGGACGCCAAUGGAGGCCCGACUCCAACUGAGGAAGGUCGGCACUACGACGGCAGUCGACUCCAUCAAUUACCGCAACCUUGUCGGGAGUCUGCGCUAUCUAGUAAACACAUGCCCUGAUCUUGCUCAUUCCAUUGGAUACGUGAGUAGAUUCAUGGAAGCACCUAGGGAGGAGCAUCUUGUGGCUGUCAAGCACAUCCUACGCUAUGUGGCUAGAACCAGAGGCUGGGGUGUGAGAUACUGCGCAGGGAAAGGAAAGAAGAAGCUUGAGCUGGUCGGCUACAAUGAUAGUGACAUUGCCGGUGACGUUUAUGAUCAUAAGAGCACUAGCGGAAUGAUCUACUUCCUCUCAGGCGGCGUGAUCUACUGGCAAUCAACAAAACAAAAGGUAAUUAUUUUGUCUUCCUACGAAGCAUAA